AGUUACGGCCAUGGAAUUGAACAGUCAAGAAGAGAAAAGUCUGGCUAAUUGGUCAAACGUCUUAAAUAAUGUUGCCGUUGCAUUACGCAAAUCCGUGCGAAAUCCAUCUUGGUCUUAUGAUAAGACAAUGGAGUCAAAUUCUUCGUUUGGAAGCCAUAUAGCUACGUUAGAGCAGCUGCAAAACAAGUUAGCUAACCUUCAAGCACAUUUGGAGGAGAACUACGAAGAAGCAGCUAAACUUUUACCGACGAAAAUUCCUGAUGCAACAGCAUUAAAACGCUGUCGCCAUCUGUUUGAGAACUGUGAAAAUGAGAAAGAAUUAGAAUCAGUUCUAAAACUUCUCCAACGUCAGAAUUUAUCCUUUCAACUGAAACUGUGGAAUGAACAAUUGGCAGAAGUGGCAUCCAGUUUUCUCAGUAUGGAAGAUCGCCUUAAAUUCGCUUCCGGAUACAUACCUCAAAAACGCGUAAAAGAAGAAGUACCUAAUGAUAAUCCUGCAAAUAAUACAAAUCAAUCCGAUUCUUCACUAACUAAUGGCAAUACUGAAGAAGAACCGAAAUCGAUCAGUCUUGAAACUUUAAUUACACAGAUAACCAAUGAAUGGAAAACGAUUAGGCGUGGCCUUUCAGAAACUACUACAAAAUCAAAUCAACAGAUCGAUUCGUUCGAUUCGUUAAUAAGUCAAUUGGAAAAAACAGAUCUGAAUCUUGACCAAUCUGAUAAAUUAUCCAAAAACAAGGGAAAACAAUAUACCGAGUUAGCCUAAUUUUAUAAUUUUCACUGAGAAUGAAUAAUUUUUAACAAUAGGCCUACUUACUCUUUUUUUUUCAUAGAUUGCCUUCUUCAGGAACUAAUAUAGACCUAUCCCAGGAGGUUAUUCCAUUUUUCUUUCCCCUUCUUCUACUUCCUCUUCGAUUAAUAAUCUAGUAAUUAAAAUUUGACAUAUGUAUAUAUAUAUAUAUAUAUAGAUUAAAAGCGAUUUUGAAAAGUUAAUGGACUUUAAAUGGGAAGAGGCAGAAGAAUGUUUAAGGAGAACUGUUUCUUCAAUUAGUGAUGAAAAGAUAAUUGAUCUUUUACACACUUAUCUUAGGGAAUGUUACGUUCUCGCUAGGCCUACUUUGCAACAGGUAAGCAGUUUGACCGUACGGCUCGCUCAACAGCCAGUAAAAACUGUAAAAGAAUUAAGAGAUGGAGGGAAGAUAAAAGUUGACAUGACAACAAAUACAAAGAAAAAAGAGAAUGUUUUGAAAUUGGAACAGUUUAUAAGAGAUUCUCUUAAACAAGAAAUUUUUAGAGCAGACGUUACACCAUUAGCAGAGGAAGCGGAGAGAAGGGUUUAUAAAAUAUUCUCUAACGAACUACCAAUGAACUUGAUAAGGAAAAAAAAAGAAAUCGGUAAUUUUAUUUUAGCAUGCGCUCAACUUGUUUGGAAGAUGACUAUCCAGCAACCAAUGCUUACUUUUGACGUCUCUCCACCAACGUUUAACCCACUACUCCACGAACCGUUAGUCCCUAAUUAUCAAGUUAAAAAGGGCAAAAGAAUAGCUGCCUAUGCAAUACCUAUCUUAAGAGGAGCUAAAGAUAAGAAAUUAUAUAAACAUCUGGGUAUUUUCUAUCAUAGAGGAACUAUUUUUGGGGUUAUAGGUUCAACAACAUCUCUAUUUAUAUAUGGUACUUACUACUAUAUGAAUCGUAGGUUAUAUAUUGGUGAUAAAUUAAAAUAUGGCUGUCUACUUAACAAUGAAAACGAUAUUGUCUUACCUUACCAAAGACGACCAAAACUAGAACAAAGAUUAUGCGAUGUUCUCUCGUCUAGUCCCACUAAUUUAUUUUAUAUUGUUAAUGGUCAAAAAGGAACUGGUAAAACGAGGACUAUAGUUGAAUUAAUCAAAAGCCGGAUGAGCAGCGAUGGAAAUGAAACGUGGAUGCUCUACGUGCCUGUCCGAUCAGCCAAAGUUUUUCCAAAGGACUUGUACUUUGCAUUCAAUCUAAAAUUAGAAUGGUAUUUAAAGAAUUUAUUGAAUUACACAAUGAAUAACAUUCUCGAGAGCAUUUUAGAAGAUAUUGAACAAGCUACUAAAGAAUUUAAUGAACAAACAGGUAAAUUACCAGUAAUUGUUAUAGACAACUUUGAGAAUUUAGAAGAAGAGAAUGAAGAAUUCGUUAGAACCUUGUUACUCAAGGCUAAUGAAUGGGCCAUAAGGAAUUCUAUAAAAGUAGUUUUCGUAUCAAGUAGUAAUUAUUCUUCCUGUCUACGACUGCUUGAAAAUCAUCAGACUCUCUGGAAAAGAUCAGGUUCAACCUUGACAAUUAGAGAUUUGACAUUCGAAGAAUCGUUUAGCUACUUAAAUAAUCCUAUAACAAUCUUUGACGAAGAUGGAAAUUACAAAUGUAAAUUAAAAAUGGAUAAGAGUAGGAUAUGCGAAAUUAUUUCUUUAGUUGGUGGAAGAUUAGAAUAUCUCGAGAGAUUUAAAAAAGAUUGGAUAUUAGGUAUUAACUUUGAAGAAACCGCCCAACAAUUAAUAGAAAAAGAGAACGAAAGAUUAUUAAUAGCGUAUAAGACGAGUGAAAAGUGGAAGAUCAUGAUAAAAAUAGGUAAAUCCAAAGACGGUAUAUUUUUAGAAGAUAUUCACAAAGAAUUCUCCGAAGAAGAAAUCCAUAAUCUCCUUAUACUUGGCGUUCUAAAAUUAAAAAAAUCAAAUGGCAAAUUAAAAUUAAAAUUCGACUCUAGACUAUCUAAAAGAGUCUUUGAAGAACGGAUGACUAAGUAA